CUGGUCUCUACACCCACAUCCUACCGCAUCCCACACCCAUCUCUGCCUAGCAGAAAAAGCGAAGAUGCCCGCACCCGUCAGCCAGCCGAGGACGCUGUACGAUAAAAUCUGGGACGACCAUCUCAUCGACGUCGAUGAGAACGGCCAGGGCCUGAUUUACAUUGAUCGCCACUUGGUCCAUGAAGUGACGAGCCCACAAGCCUUCGAGGGACUGCGCACCGCAGGCCGUCCCGUUCGCCGUCCGGACUGCACUCUCGCGACGGUCGACCACAAUAUUCCCACUGUUUCUCGCAAGAACUUCACGACUGUCGAGGAUUUCGUUUCGCAACCCGAGUCGCGCGCGCAAUGCACCUCCCUCGAGGAGAACGUCAAGGCAUUUGGCCUGACCUACUUCGGCAUGACGGAUAGGCGGCAAGGCAUCGUCCAUGUUAUCGGGCCUGAAGAGGGUUUCACACUGCCGGGUAUCACCUGUGUAUGCGGAGACUCACAUACAUCGACUCACGGCGCGUUCGGCGCCCUUGCGUUCGGUAUCGGUACCUCCGAGGUCGAGCACGUUCUGGCCACACAAACUCUCCUGCAGCGGAAAGCCAAGAACAUGCGCGUUACCGUCGAGGGCACUCUCAACGAGGGCGUCACCUCCAAGGACGUCGUCCUCCACAUCAUCGGUGUCAUCGGCACCGCCGGCGGCACGGGCUGCGUCAUGGAGUUCGCGGGCUCGGUCGUGCGCGGGUUCAGCAUGGAGGCACGCAUGAGCAUGUGCAACAUGUCCAUCGAGGGUGGCGCGCGGGCGGGCAUGAUCGCCCCCGACGACAUCACGUUCGACUACCUCCGCAAGCGGCCGCUCGCACCGAAGGGUGAGACCUGGGAGCGCGCGGAGGCGUACUGGCGCACGCUUAAGUCGGACGAGGGCGCGAAGUUCGACAUCGAGGUCAACAUCCGCGGCGAGGACAUCAUCCCGACUGUCACCUGGGGUACGUCGCCGCAGGACGUCGUGCCGAUUACGGGCAAGGUGCCCGAUCCCGCGGCGUUUUCGGACGCCAGCAAGCGCGCGGCGGUCGAGCGUGCGCUCAAGUACAUGGGCCUCACGCCCAACACGCCUAUGGAGGAGGUCAAGAUCGACAAGGUCUUCAUCGGCUCGUGCACAAACUCACGUAUCGAGGACCUACGCUCCGCCGCGAAGAUCGUCCUGUCUGUGGGUCCUGAGGCUAAGAUCGCGGACGGCGUGUACGCCAUGAUCGUUCCCGGGUCAGGCCUUAUCAAGCAGCAGGCUGAGGCAGAGGGCCUCGACACCAUCUUCAAACGUGCCGGGUUCGACUGGCGCGAGGCGGGCUGCUCGAUGUGCUUGGGCAUGAACGAGGACCAGCUUGCGCCCCAGGAGCGCUGCGCAAGCACAAGUAACCGCAACUUCGAGGGUCGUCAAGGACCUGGAGGACGCACCCAUCUGGUUAGCCCGGCCAUGGCAGCGGCGGCCGCUCUCACUGGCAAGCUCACGGACGUCCGCAAGUUCCUGGGCGCGGAAGCGGAGGCGCAGCUCGCAGCAGGCCCGAAGCUGAAGCUCGCGAACUUCCACGAAUUCCUCAACGACCCCGUGCUGCCCCCGCCCGAGCCGACCGAGGCACGCGACGCAACGGCGCCCGCGGUCGAGCCUGUGCUGCCGAAGACCGACGCGCCAUCGAAGGUCGAGAAGUUCACGGUGCUGAAGGGCAUCGCGGCGCCGCUGCACAUCGAGAACAUCGACACGGACAUGAUCACCCCCGCGCGGUUCCUGAAGGUGUUGAAGCGCACGGGUCUCAAGAUCGCGCUGUUCGCGAACCUGCGCUGGGGUCCCGACGGGCAGCCGACGGACUUCGUGCUGAACCGCGAACCGUACACGCACGCGCGCAUUCUCGUUUGCGACAAGCACAACUUUGGUUGCGGAUCCUCGCGCGAGCACGCACCUUGGGCCCUGAAGGACUUCGGAAUCAUGUGCAUCAUCGCGCCGAGCUUCGCAGACAUCUUUAAGAACAACACGUUCCAAAAUGGCAUGCUGCCAAUCGUGCUAUCCGAAGAGCAGUGCCAAGAGCUUGCGGCGGAGGCGGAGGCAGGCUUGGAGCUCGAGGUCGACCUGGAGAAGCGCGAAGUGCGGCGCGCGAGCGGGAAGCCCGCGUUCUCGUUCACCGUCGACACGUUCCGCCGGCACUGCCUGCUGAACGGGCUGGACGACAUCGCGCUGACCCUGCAGCGCGCUCCGCUGAUCGAGGAGUUUGAGACGCGGAGGACGCAGGUGUGGCCGUGGCUGGACGGGUUCGGGUACAAGGGCAAGCGUAUCCCGCUCACGGGCGGGAAGCCGAAGAUGGACUGGUGAGCUCCGCGAGCGUGGGGCACCGUUAUACGAGGAACCGAGGGAAAGACGGAGGAUGCUCGUGUGCCUGCAUGCAGUUGCGCCGGGUGUCAAUGAAAGUAGCCGGAGCGGGCGGGAUGAAUGUAUCAGUCGGUGUAGGAUAUGUAUCAUGUCUGUUUGUUUGUCAUGUUUGUCGGGAAAGUCGGGUGGGCAUCGUGCG